AUGGCCCGUAUCACCCAAGAGACCCCUUCAAACUCUCCAUCAACCGAAAAACCGUCUUCAUCCAGCGUCUGCAGACGCUGCUCCAGCUGGAAUUUCCAAUUCUUGGCCAAAUGCCCCUACGGGAUUUUGAAUCUCCUGCUGCUGGUUGGUAUCAGUCUGUCGGGAAAAUAACGGCGGAUCGUCGCGCAUCGGAAUCGCCCAUCAUCACUUUGCGACUGCAAGCCGCGGCUUGGAAUUUGGGGCGCGAUAGCGGCGAGGCGAGACAUUUUUCUGCGACAAUCCGCCGUUAUUUUCCCGACAGACUGAAAGUACAAUUACUACUAGUCCGUCCGUAAAGUCGCUGGAAUGUUUUCGGCGACAUGCACCCCGCGAAACCGAAAGUUCACUUUGCACUGUGCAAUUUUUGGCUUUUUGCACAGUGCAAUGAGCUUUUUGGGACGUCGCUCGCACCCUGAGUUUUCUUGCACAGUGCGCGUCGCCGAAAUCAUUCCAGCGACUUUACGGAAGGACUAGUAUCGCGGGCCAAAAUGUCUUGACAUGUUUUCGCACCGUGUGGGCGCAUGAAUUCGGUGUUGCGACAAGAUGUCGCGCGAUUAAAAUUUGGCGGGGUGCGAAUGAAGAGCGCACUGUGCGUUGUUUACCCGUUUUCAAAACAAUCUUUUUGCACUGUGCGCGGUCGCAUUGCACCCUAAGUUUUUCUUUCGCCGCGCGACAAAUUUCAUGUGCGACGGCGCACUGUGCAGACAUGUCAAGACUUUUUCGAUUGCGACCUCGCAUCGAUUGCGACCCAAACCGCGGUAAAGCAACCCCGUGGUGAAAAUUUUUUGAUUUUUUUCGGGAAAAGCUUGGUUUAGGGGUUUUCGAGGGUGCUGAUUUUGAAAAUGAUGUUCAUUUUUUCUGAACUUUACUAGUUUUCCUUAAGUAGUAGUGUUAAAAAGUAAUUUUUUGAAAAUUUUCCAAAAAUACUGGAUUUAGGGGUUUUCGAGGGUGCUGAUUUCGAAAAUCAUGUCAGUUUUCAGAUCGUAUACUCCGCCGGAACCUUCGUUUACAUUCUUCAUCCCCCAUUUUUCGGGGAAUUUCUCGUCAGCGCCCACAUUCUGGUCUCAUUCUUGGUCAGAGUGCUGUUGGUGUUGUGCUACCUGACAAACACACAGUCCAUGGGCAUUGGGUACUUCACUGUGAUCACGGUAAGGCUCCUCAUAUUUCGACUUGAAACGUUUUAUAGACAUUUUUAUAUUAUUCAUGAGAGCAGAUGACAAGACUUUAUUUUUGAUAAAUAAACCAAAAUCUUUUGCAGGAAUUCGUUACUGGCUACUUCUCUUUGAUCACCGGCAUUGUCUCCGUGCCCUUUAUGGCAAAGGAGAUCAUCUUGAACAGGGAGGAAAACCAAAUUUUUAGCAUUUUGGUUACGGUAAGUGUGGUAAAAUUUCUUGUCAGAACUCAAAAAUUUUUCACUUCUCUUCCUGUUUUUACAAGUUUACAAGGUAGAAUUAGAAGUCUAUUUUCGUAUCCGACCAUAUUUUCGAUUUCCGAGACCUUAUUUUAGGUCGCAAUUGUCCUUGGAAUAUUCGGAGCCCUUUACCACAUUUGUGCCAUCAAGAAGGCGUCUCAGUCCCGCUCAAAAGUGUUCUUAUUCAAUACUGGAACUUGUUUCAUCACAAAAAAGGAGUACAAAGCCUCGCGGCAACCAAAAGUCACUUCUUUAUAA